AUGAAAGGUAUACCCAACUGCAUUUACGUUGUGAAUGAACUAUUCGAGGGAAUUAACAACGAUGUAGUCAAAUAUAAUGCGAUUGCCGCUGACAUAGAAUGGAGGUCUUCCGUAAACUCAAAUAAAGGAAUACAAGACAGAACACUUGCUUACUUGAAAAGAAGAAUAACAUGGCAAAGGAAUACAUGCAAUAAGUUGUCUGCAAUUAAACACAUCCUUACAAAUGGAACACAGCAGAGGCAAUCGUUUUUGUUAUGCAGGGGGCCUAUAUACAAUCUGGAAGAAGCAAGAUUUUUAAACAAUUUGAAUGAAAAAAUGUUAUCAACCUAUUAUGAUGCCCAAGUUUGUAUCCCCAAGAUAACAUCGCAUCCAGAAUCUAUGACCAAUAACAAUGUAUCAAAUGAACGUAGAAUCAAUGAUUACUUAUUAAACAUGGACAAAGCAAGCACGAAUGAAGAUAAUAUACUUGAACAUAGAAGUAAGAAAGAACAGACUUUGUGUUUUAAGCAAAAGGAUGUAGAUGAUCUGAUAACAAAAUCGAAGGAUGAAAAAGUUUUAAAAUGGAUUUGGAAAAUGUGGAGACAGGAGACCGGAACUUCGGUAAAAGAAUAUUUUAAAACCGCCGUGGAUAUAGAGAACAGAGCCGCUCGAAGAAAUGGUUACACAGACGUUGGCGAAUCUUGGCGUGAGGAACUCGAGAUAUCGAAUCUAAGACAUUACUGUCGACAACUCUUCCAAUCUGUUAAACCAUUUUAUACACUUCUUCAUGGCGUUGUUCGGUACUUUCUUCGGAAAAAGUAUGGUGAUGUCGUGCCAAUACGAGGACCGAUACCUGCACAUUUACUAAGUAAUCUUUGGACUCAAAAUUGGGAGCCGAUAUCAGAUCUAAUCCUACCUAAAUCUAUUAAUAUAGACGAAAGUAUGAAGAAAAAGAAAUGGGAUGUUAAACAUAUGGUUAAAAGAACAGAAGACUUCUAUAUUUCUUUAGGAUUACCACCAAUGACGGAUACUUUUUGGCGCGAAUCAAUAUUUGUGAAAAAUAAUAAAAUACGGUGUCAUGGAACUGCUGCAAAUAUGUUCAAAGAAGACGACUACAGAUUAUUAUAUUGUACUGGCGUUUCCUUUCAUGAUAUUGAGGUGCUGCAUCAUGAAAUGGGUCAUAUUCAUUAUUAUAUGGCGUACGCAAACCAGCCAGGUAUAUUUAGACAAGCUAGUUCCGCUUUUCAUGAAAGUAUCGGUGAUGCUAUAACAAUCGGCGUGAUGACUCCACAGCAUUUGAACAGACUGGGACUGAUAAAUGAUACCACUUUGUAUUCAACUAACAAAGACCAUGCACAAGCAGUACCGAAUGUAUCUAAUGAAGACAAAGAAAAUAAUACCCUAAAAGAUUCAAUUAAAGAUGACACAAAUCAACUUAUAAAUGCAAACACCGAUGAAAUACUAUUACUAAAACGUGCUCUAAACAAAAUACCCCAAAUUCCGUUUUCUUUGCUCAUUGAUGAAUACCGUUGGAAGUAUUUCGAAAAUAACAUAGAUGCAGCAACUAUGAAUAAGGAAUUUUGGGCAAUGUCCCUGGAAAUUCAAGGUAUAUCACCUCCUGAAGACAGAAAUGAAGAAUUCUUUGAUUUAGGCGCUGUAUACCAUGUGGCUGAUAAUACUCCUUACAUCAGAUAUUUCUUGGCAAGUUUCUUCCAACAUCAGUUGUUUGAACACCUCUGUAAAGUUGCUGUUUUUGGAAAGCACGGAGACGCCAAGCUUUUGCCUAAAACAAUCCCAUUGAAUAGAUGUGAUAUUUAUGGAGCUAAAGCGAGCGGGAAAUUGUUGAAAAAAUUUAUGUCACAUGGUAAUUCCCAACACUGGAGAGAAAUAUUAAGAGACGCAUUUAACGAAGAUGACAUCUCUGCUGCUGCCCUCUUGCGGUACUAUCGGCCUUUGGAGGAUUUUUUGAUCAGACUCGUCGGAAAACAUAAUAUACCACUCGGUUGGUAA